ACAGGUCCAUUGGAUUUAAGUUGUGAAUUCUCGCUGGACACUAGGAAAUGUGGACAUGCUGGUUGGGAGAUAAGAAGACUGCAGCCAAAAGAAGGACCAUGGCUUUGGAAGGUGGAGUCCAGGCUGAGGAGCCUCUCUGGAUGUAGGAAGCGCAGUCGGGCAGCCAUGGAGUGGGACAAUGGUACAGGCCAGGCCCUGGGCUCCCCGCCCACCACCUGUGUCUACCAAGAGAACUUCAAGAGACUGCUCCUGCCACCCGUGUACUCAGUGGUGCUGGCGGCUGGCCUGCCCCUGAAUGCCUGUGUCAUUGCCCAGAUCUGCACCUCCCGCCGGGCCCUGACCCGCACAGCUGUGUACACCCUGAACUUGGCCCUGGCUGACCUGCUCUAUGCCUGCUCCCUGCCCCUGCUCAUCUACAACUACGCCCAGGGGGACCACUGGCCCUUUGGCGACCUCGCCUGUCGCCUGGUCCGCUUCCUCUUUUACGCCAACCUCCAUGGCAGCAUACUCUUCCUCACCUGCAUCAGUUUCCAGCGCUACCUAGGCAUCUGCUACCCGCUGGCCCCCUGGCACAAGCGUGGGGGCCGCCGCGUGGCCUGGCUGGUGUGCGGGGCCGUGUGGCUGGCUGUGACAACCCAGUGCCUGCCCACAGCCCUCUUCGCCGCCACUGGCAUCCAGCGUAACCGCACCGUCUGCUACGACUUGAGCCCACCGGCCCUGGCCGCCCGCUAUAUGCCCUAUGGCAUGGCCCUCACCGUCAUCGGCUUCCUGCUGCCCUUCAUCGCCCUGCUGGCCUGCUACUGCUGCCUGGCCCGCCGUCUGUGCCGCCAGGACGGACCAGUGGGGCCAGUGGCCCGGGAACGGCGCGGCAAGGCGGCCCGCAUGGCCCUGGUGGUAGCAGCUGCCUUUGCCAUUAGCUUCCUGCCCUUCCACAUCACCAAGACCGCCUACCUGGCAGUGCGCUCCACAGCCGGUGUCCCCUGCCCCGUGCUGGAGGCCUUUGCCGCUGCCUACAAGGGCACGCGGCCCUUUGCCAGUGCCAACAGUAUGCUGGACCCCAUCCUCUUCUACUUCACUCAGAAGAAGUUCCGCCGGCGGCCACAGGAGCUGCUCCAGAAACUCACAGCCACGUGGCAGCGACAGGGUCACUGAGUCCGCUGGGGCAGGACACCUGGGGCCUGGGCACCAGAAGCCCCUCCAACCCCAAACCAGGCAGAGAAUUAGAGCUUAGCUCAGCUGGGCAUGGAGUGAGGUCCCCCACAGACUCCAGAAUCUCACCGAUGACUAUUCCUUGAGCCCAUGCUCUGGACCUGUGGGCGCAGAGAGACAGGCUUGAACCUGGCCUUCCAGAAGGUGCCAGUCAGCCCCCCGGGGAGUCAGGGAAGCUGCCAGAAGCUGUUCGCAUGGCACGCAUGGCACGUACUGUAAUUGAGGAGUGUGCUGGAUGCUUUGGAGUCAGCAGUAUAGGGACUGAGGGAAGAUGGGAGGAGGAGGUGAGAAGUUCUGGAAAGGAGUGUUCUAGCUGGACUUUGAUGGGUUGAGUAUGAGCUCUCUAGAGGUGUGUGAUGGUCCCUUCAUUCAGCGCACCUUUACCUACACCUUGUCCUUGGGCCUGGGUUGAUUCAGGGGCACUGGGAGAACCAGUACUAGCCCUGCCCCAUAUAGGCUCCCAACUACUGGGCUUACAGACACUUGACACAAUGAUGUCAAGGCUGGGACAGAUAAAUAGAGAAUGCCCAUGAUCCAGUCCAAGGAGUCAGGAAAGAUCUCUUGGGAUGGGAUGGGGUGGGGGGGGGGGCAUCUGAACCAGAUGUUGAAGACUGAGUAGGAGGUCAGCCAAUAGAAGUGGGAGCAUGUUCCCACAGCUCUAGGCUAGACUCUGCCCUGGGGUAGAGGGGUAGAGAGAGCUGGGGUGGGGGGCAGGCAUAUGGCCUCCUGUGUGUGAAAACUGGGGAAAUGAGAGCUGUCCCUUGGCCACCCUCCCGAUAAGGGCAAGCGUGGCCUCAAAUGUUUCAGCCUGUGGGGACUCGGCAGAGGAAGGAAUCAGAGCACGUCUUCAGAGAGGUGGAGCUUGAGCUGGGGAGGAAUCCAAAAUGUAGAGAGAGGCAGGCUGCUCCUGAUGGAAGGCACUGUAUGUCUAUAAAACCCCAGAGGUGGAGAUGUGCUGACUCUGGCCCUGAACAGUGAGUUUCCGUUAAGCCCGGAGGGGGCGGUGUGGGCAGAACCAGAGCACUGAACGCCAGGAAGAGCCCCAGACUCUACCUCUUCUCCACCUACCUCUUCAAAUGUGCCUCUUUCAGCCUCGGGGGAGCCUGGGUGCCUGAGAACCCCUCCACCAGGCCUCCCAAGUAAGAGGAAGUACCCCUUCAACAGUGCUUCAUUCUAGAAGAAGUCAACAGCUUGAAGAGGUGCAGGGCCACCAGGAGGCUGCAACAUGGAGGUGCAGAGGUUCUGUGGCCAGGAGCCUGCUAACCAGUCUCAAGAUAGCCUGUUCCAUGUGUUCUGCUCCUGCCCUCCCGGCUCCAUCAUUCUGGCCUGUGGGUGCCUGAGAGCCGCUGGAGGCCAUCUCAUGGAGGCAUCUCAAACACACCUGAGCCUUCGAAAGCUUUGGAAAGGCAUCUUCACUGAAGAUCUCUGAGGGAUUCCACCACAUAAGAACUCUUUACCUGCUCUUCCCACCCAUGCCUCCUUUUAGCCCCACCCAUAGAGCUCCUUAUUUUCUCUGCUCCUUUUCCUCUCUAUCUCCACCACCCUGCCCACCCCAUCCCCCGCUUCACUUCUCCUCAGGUCCCUGUUCCCUCCUCCCAGAGCUCAGCUUUCCUCCUGUAGAACAAUCUAGCCUGCCCUUGGCUGCUGGUAUAUCACUCAGACCCUGUACACAAACCAGCCGUGACCAAGAGCCUCCCUUCUCAGAAAGUGGAGGGGUGAGGGCAGGGCAGAGGGACAGGGCAGGGAAGGGAAGGACUGCGUAACUUAGUAUUUUUCUUUUAGCCCUCUCAUCUCCAGGGCUGUUGGGCAAUGGGGCCCUUCAGAGAAGGACUCUGCCGGAGUUAAACUCCAUAGUCAUGCUGGAGACGUGCUUGCAGCUGGCUGAGGAAGGGGGAAAACCAGGCCCAGCCCAUCUUGGAAAUCCAUCAAAAGUGCCCCGAUAAUUUGGACAGAAGGAACUCUUUGGGUUACAGCAGAAAGACGUGAGGCAAUGUCAGAAGAGGUCUGUUCCCUCUACAAUGCAAUGUCAUGCCAAGCACUACAGAUCCUAACUACUUUGCAUCUUGUUCCGAGUCAGCUGCCUGUCCCAGGGAAGUAGGGGAAUGGGCGACCAGAAGGCAGAGGACCUCUGCCCACAGUGCCGGCUGAGCCCUGUGGGGACUCCCAGGUGACCGUGCAGCAGACUGCCAAGAACUGUGACGCUCUGGUUACUUUUCCAAGAGUGGAAAUGGUGGGCCGCAGGUGAAUCCCAUUCCCAGCUUCCCUUUGAGAGCCAGAAUCGCAUAAAGGGUAGGGAUUCCAGAUCCAGGUCCCCUUGGUGUUUAUCUUGGCCCGACCACUCAGCAGCUGUCUUACUCUGUGCGAGUUCUUUAGCCUCCUUGUGCCUUAACUUCCCCAGCUGUAAAAUGGAAACAGUAAUGAUAUCUAUCUUGUAAAAUGGUUGUGAAGAUUAAUAUGUGCAAAGCACUUAGAAUAAUAUCCGGAACAGAAUAAGCGUGCAAUGCCUGGUACUAUUAUAAUGAACUUGCCUAUUGUACGCACAAGUUCCUUCAGCAUCUCUCUCUAGGAACUGGCCUGGGAGGUUUCUAAACAAGAGGCUAAGAGCAGAGGAUUUCUCCUUGCCUUCACCUGGAAGGCAGCUGGUCUUCUAAGAAAAAAACUCAGCACACUUUUGUCAGAACAAGGGCCAUAAUCCAUGAGCCCCAUCUGUUCCUGCAAGAAGGAAAAGUCAUUUAUUACAUGAGAGUACAAGGAAUUCCAGGUGCCAUUCGGGGAGCCUGAAUUGCCCACUUCCUUUUCCCUCCUUUUGUCCCCACACCCCUACUCUCUUCACUUUAACCCAGAGCACACUCCGUGAUGGGGGAUCACACUGGAGAGGUCUGCUUGCUGGGGUGGAGGGGACAGAGACAAGGUGUGGGGAUAGAGCAUGGUGAGGGGUCUGGGGAGCACAUGGGUUCACAGGGAUCCAGGGUGAUUCUCAGGGCUUGGGGAAGACUUCCUGGGGAGUAGAGUCGUGCCACUGGGGCUUGAAGGAUGGCUGUAA